CCUAGUCCUCACUGAGAUUUUUCUGCUUCCCUGCACUUUGCCUUCUUCUCUUCUCCUGCAUGGUGUGCCUUUGGUUCCCCCCAGGCUCCUGGACAGUGAUUCUGCCAGUGAUACUGAUGGUGCUGAGCCCGCUGCUGGCCUGGGCUGGAAGUAACCGAACGCUCUUCAUGGUGCAGGGCAAGUCCGAGUGUCACUUCGCCAACGGCACGGGGAACGUGCGCUUCCUGGACAGGUAUAUCUACAACCGCGAGGAGCAGGUGCGCUUCGACAGCCUCGUGGGCGAGUACCGCGCGCGGACCGAGAUGGGGCGGCCGGCGGCCGAGCGCUGGAACCGCUGGCCCCACGCCCUGCAGCGGGCCCGAGCCGCCGUGCGCACCUUCUGCGCCAGCAACUACCGGUUCUUUGCGAGCCUCACGGUGCAGAGGAGAGUGGAGCCCGCAGUGACCGUGUAUCCUGUGAAGACCCGGCCCCUGCGGCAGCACAACCUCCUGGUCUGCUCUGUGAACGGCUUCUACCCAGGCCACGUUGAGGUCAGGUGGUUCCGGAACGGCCGGGAAGAGGAGGCCGGGGUGGUCUCCACAGGCCUGAUCCCUAACGGAGACUGGACCUUCCAGAUCAUGGUGAUGCUUGAAGUAGUUCCUCAGGGUGGAGAGGUCUACGCUUGCCAUGUGGAGCACCCCAGCCUGACGAGCCCCGUCACAGUGGAAUGGAGGGCACAGGAUGAAUCUUCACGAGAAAAGAUGCUGAGUGGAAUCGGGGCCUGUGUUCUAGGUCUGCUCUUCCUUGGGAUGGGGCUGCUCUUCUACAUCAGGAGGUCUCCUGAGCUGGAGCAGAGACCGUGACACUCGGACGAGAACCUUCUGUCCCAGCUUCUUCGCAGCUUGAAAAGGUUUCCUACUUCAGACCGUGGGCCCCUUAUUUUAUUCCUUCUAGAGUUUUUAUUCGAAGAGAUGCCCCUCUGGUGGCUGCUGGCCCGGCAGUCUUUAUUUGUUAGUUUUAUUGAGAUAUAGUUGAUUUGCAGUGUUGCUUUCCCUUCCGCUACACGGCGCUCACUCCUCACGAGAAUGCUUUCCCAGGAUCUUUGCUCUGGGUUGAAUGACUCUGCAGAAAAAGUCCUGGGUGGUUUCUUUGGACCUACCCUGCACCCAGAAGUCCCCAGGAUUGAUCCCAGUGCCUUAUCUUCAUUCUUUCCUGGUCCUCUUUGUUUUCUACCCCUGCUGCCUCCUUCCAUCCACAUUUAUUUAUAUGUAUUUUUUGAAAUACAAGAGAGUGGAAUCUUCGUACAGGUUAAACAAGGCAUGGUGUGUGUUCAUGACAGCGUAAGUCAGUUUCAACUGCUCCCUGAUCUCAUUCCUCUAAUUAAGUUCCUUUAAGGUUGGAGAGGAACAGAAGUGGGCAAACAGGGACGGAGCCAAAGAGCUACUUUCCAGAAGCAACAAAUCUGAGUAAGGUGAGACAUAGAAGCAUGAAAUUGCAACUCUGUAAUCAGAACAGGGUUUUCACAGUUUUCUCACAGCAUAAAGACUAAAGAGGGGAAAAGCAGAAAAAUAACUGUAGCUACUUCAACUUGGGAACAAACACAAGACCAAAGGGGCUCUUUCCAGGCAACAAAAAUUAUAAAAAGGGAAGAGAAAAAGUACAGAAGCCAAAUAGGUAAAUGAAGAUAAGAUGCUAUCAGCAGGAAAAAAGACUAUUUUAUCUAUGAUAUGUUUUAUACAAACUUCAUGGUAGCCACAAAACAUAAAUCUAGAGCAGAGAUAUGAAACAUUAAAAAAGAGGGAACUGAAGAAGACAUACUCUAAAGCCACCAAAUUAAAAUGGCAGAUAGACUCAGCCAUUAAAAAGAAUACAUUUGAAUCAGUUCUAAUAAGAUGGAUGAAACUGGAGCCCAUUAUACAGACUGAAGUAAGUCAGAAAGAUAAACACCA